AUGCCAGUCCACACAAAUGGAAACCUGUCAUCACUGCCCUUGUGGGAGUUUGUGCUGGAUGGGUUCAGGGGAGGUGUGGAGACCCAGGCCCUGCUCUUUGCUGUCUUCCUGGCCCUGUAUAUGGUGACCAUCCUGGGCAACCUCACCAUGAUCGUGGUCAUCACCCUGGAUGCCCGCCUGCACUCCCCCAUGUACUUCUUCCUCAGGAACCUGUCCUUCCUCGACCUCUGCUACUCAUCUGUCAUUGCCCCCAAUGCCAUAGUCAACUUCUUCUCCUCUUCCAAGGUCAUCAGCUUUGUGGGCUGUGCCACCCAAUUGUUUUUCUUCUCAUUGUUGGCUACCACUGAGGCCUUCCUUCUGGCUGUGAUGGCCUAUGACCGCUUCAUGGCCAUCUGUAGUCCCCUGCGGUACCCUGUGGCCAUGUGCCCUGCAACAUGUGCCCACCUGGUGCUGAGCACCUACUGUGGAGGCUGCCUCAACUCCAUCGUGCAGACCAGCCUCACAUUCCAGCUGCCCUUCUGCAGCAACAACCACAUCGACCACUUCUUCUGUGAUGUGCCCCCCCUGCUCCAGCUGGCCUGUGCCAACACGGCUGUCAAUGAGCUUCUCCUAUUCGGUCUCUGUGGUUUCAUCAUUGUGAGCACCACAUUAGCUGUCCUGGUUUCCUAUGGCUACAUCACAGUGACCAUCCUCAGGAUGAGGUCAGGGUUGGGACGACACAAGGUCUUCUCCACCUGUGGCUCCCACAUGACAGCUGUGUCCUUGUUUUAUGGGACUGUGUUUGUCAUGUAUGCUCAGCCAGGAGCUGUGGAGUCCAUGGAGCAGGGCAAGGUUGUCUCCGUCUUCUACACCCUGGUCAUCCCAAUGCUCAACCCCCUCAUCUACAGUCUGCGGAACAAGGAUGUGAAGGACGCGCUGAGGAGGCUGGGACAGAGACACACAGCCAUGUAAAGGAGGGUG